AGGGUUAAGGGGUUUCUAAAUUCUGGGAGAUAUAUAUAGAUGCUGCUCGGCAGAAAGAAAAAAAGGCCACACACAGACGCGAGAGGAGUUGUUCUGCGCAAGGUCAAGAGCACCCAGCCGCCCACAUCCCAGCCACCUACAUCUGUUGUUCACCAGAGAAGAAGAGGACAGCCGCGCGAGAUUGCUCUGCACAUUGGAGGAAAAGCCGUCGCCCAACCUACUCGGAGGGACGCGAAUCCAAUCUGCAAAGAGGACCCUGAAAUCUGCUUCUUCACCGCCCAGCCUUCUUCCGGACAAGCAAUUCUCCAUUGUUUGGGUUUUGUUGUUUCUGAUUUCCUUUUACUAUGAUUUUCUGUUGGGAUUUAUUUUUCAUGGCUGUUGAAAUCAUAAACAUGUGUGGCUAGAAUUCUUUGAACUAGGGAUGGAUGGAUUUUAAUUUUUGGAAUAUGUGACUGUUUUUGUUAGUUUAAUUCAAGAUUUAUUGGUUAUUUGCAUGAUGAGUUUAUAUUAUUGAACUUAAUGCAUUGAGAGUUUGAUCACCUUUCAAUUGAUUUAGUGAUUUAUGCAUGAACUUGAGAAAGAAUUGUGUAAAUUAGACCAAUAAUAAUAUAAACUGUGUGUUAGACU